AUGUUUAGUAACGGUAAGUGCCAGCGACAACUAUUGGGGGGGAACAUAUUGGUCUUGUGAUAAUUUGUCACCUUGUACGGUGGUGGAAUCUCUACUGUCGGACAAAUACCUGCUGAACGCCAUUGACUUAUUCCACUCUAAGGUAGACAAGCUGUGAUUUCCUCUGCUUAGAGAAUCCUGCCCCUAGUGUUUAGUGAAGAAUUACAUUUUUUACUUUCACAAAAAUUGUUAGCAUGCCAUAUUGAUUUAAAAAGACUGGAUCAUGUAUGUGCUCUUUCAGUGGCAUAACUGUGCUGAGUGUUAAGUCCGUAAUAUAGGACGAUGUUGCUAAUUAAGUUUAAUUAGUGGGGUAAUAGCUUCUUGAUUCAAGGAUAAAUCUGACUGCAAUUUUUGAGGUCUAGAAGGAAUAUUUUCCUAGUUUGUUGCAAAAUUGGAAGCGCUUCAGACUGGGGUUACUGCCUUCUUUUAGAUCAACAGCAAAAACAUAUAUGAGAAAGGCUGAACUUGAUGGACGCAUGUCUCUUUUCAGCCUAUGUAACUACAGGUAUGUAUGUAAGUGGAGUGAUCUCUGUUCAUUCCUGCAUGUAUUAUAAAUGAUUACCACAUUCCAUUCGUGACUCCUCCCCACUGACAACUUUGCACCAUUUUUUAGCACUUGUGAUAAAUUUACCCGUAUGUAUCAUUCCAAAGUGUUGCCAUUGCUUUGGGUCAGGAUUGGGACGUUUGCCAAUUAAAGCCUUAGGGCAUCGCUAUGUCCCAUACAUUAGCUGGCCUGCCCAGCUGGUAGAGCACAGCUAAUAAUGCUAUUGAAAUCAAAUUUGCAUUUAAACAUAUGCCAUCAAGGCAGACGUUUAAAAGUAAAUUUUUUUAAUGUAAGAAUGUGCCCCUCUGUGCCAAGUUCCAAACGCAGGGAAGCACAUUAUUAGUUUAGUGAAGUGAUCGGCUGUCUUUGGCAAGGUUGUUUUAGUGUGUUGGUUUGUAGAUCAUCAAUGUCUCAGAAGUAGACUGGUUAAUAAAAUCAACACUCGUGUCUUCUAAAGUAUCCGCCUAAAGAAUGCAUGAGUCCCUUUAAAUUGGCCUUGCAUACGUAUUGAGAUGAGAAAUGCUGUUUAGACAGCUCAUGCAGCCGACUGUGACUCACUGAGCUGCCAUUGUGUAACCUAAGGAUCCCAAAUGUAUGUUAACGUGCCCUGAAUGUAGGAAAGAAUGGUCCAAGAACUUAAAUAUGCAUCAAAUAUCUACCUGCCCGGUUCUUAAAAAUCUACAAAUCAAUCAACGGCUUUCUUUGUCAGAUAUAAAUAGCACUGUGAUUCGGUGAGGAUGUUCUAGAAAAAUUCUGCAAAUGCAUGUGUCUGCCAAGAAAGCAAGCUAUAGAAUCGCCUACUCCCCUCAGCUCGGACAAUUAAACCUGUGAAUUAUUUACAUUGCAAGUUGUCUUAUUUACAGAAUUUUAACCUGCAAUCUUUGCUUUCACUUAUGGAGAUAUAUGACCAUAGUAUGGGGUGGUUUUAUAUUUCUGCCUGCAACAUCUAUGUUUAAGAAACAUUGGAUUAUUAUUAUUAUUAUUAUUAUUAUUAUAAUUAUGAAACUAGGAAAUCUUGUGCACAGGAAAAAGGAACCAAGAUAGCUGAACUGGAAGAGCUCUCUAGUUUGGCUAUUUCCCCUGUCUGGCCCAAAAAUAAAAACCGCUUAGUAGAUAUGCCCCCAAUGACAACACGCAUGCAUUUAAUUAUGCAUUUUAUUCAUUGGGGGUAUAUAAAAAAACAGAUUUUAUUUUGGCUUCUCUGGCCUUACAUUUAAAAUUUACUUGGAAUUUUUGCUUUAGUAAAUUACCCUGUAAGCAUGUGAACACUUCAUACUUAAACAUUUUUCACUAAAAAAUCCUGUUCGUUUUGUCAAAUUUAAAUGUAUUUUUUUUUGUCCGGCAUGUCACCAGUUUACAAUAUUGUGAUUUUGAAUGACGUUCAUAAAAAUGCACUUAGAAAAAUAAAAUCUUGUUUGUCUUCUAAGUAGCUCAUAUUAGCAGUAUUAACAGAAACUGCAAUAUUAAUAAAAAUAUUAUUUUUAGUAACAACUUCCCAGGAGAUCUAUAUAAAUUCACCCUUGCUCCUCAGAAACCCUAAAUAAUAUUAUAGUGUCAUAGAUUUUGUUUCUGUCUACCACAGCCAAUUACUUUAGAGGUGCAGUCGAUAUACAUAGGAUAGAUGGGACAAAACAUCCAACCAUGGUUCUACUACAUGGAUGUGAUACAUCUAAAUAAAAUGUAACAACGGUCAAUGUGGGAUGAGGCCAUUUUUUUAAAUUCCUUUUAUGGCACUUAACCUCUGCAUUUGCCUUCCUUUGUGUCUGUAGAAGCUGGGAGUGAAAGUUUUCAGAAAUUGCUAAGCUUACUCGGAGACACUAUCACGUUGAAGAGCUGGAUAGGCUAUCGAGGAGGACUAGACACCAAAAGUAAGAAACCUUUCUUUACAGCUUCAUGCUUGGAAUUCACAAAAUUAGCACAGACUUCAUAUUUACGCUAAACUUCAUGAAUGGGGGAUAUGCAAAAACAAAUCUGCAAAACGCAUUAGCAAAAAACAAAACAAAAACCAAAACAAAAGGGGGGAGUAGAGUAGAGGUCUCAUUUCUGGCACAACCCCAAUACUUGCUAUAGGUACUGCAGUGGUUUUGUGCAGUUGAUAAGUAGGACACCGUAACCCAGCAUUCCACUGACUGUACUGUUCUUUUUUGCCUAUUUCGUUCUACUUGCUCUAUUACCCACAGAUGACCCUGGUGUAUGAAGCAAGUUUCCUCUGCUUUUGUUCUGUAAUUUAGCACUGUACAAUGCCUAAGUAAGAGGGGUGUAUGGUGUUUACGGCACAGAUCUGCCCCCAUGUCAGUCCACCGGGGAGACAUGGGGCUACAAGCUGUGCAGAAUUCAUGAGGUUGAGUUGACAAAUCCCCUCCAGCAGUUGCUCACUGAAAAAUACCAAGUGCAACUAGAUCUUUGAUCCUUCCCUUUAAUCUCAUGGUGAACCAUUCAUAAUCAUUGCUUUGUCAUAGGAGGUCAUGUAAGAACAUCUCCUUUUAUAAAUUAAAUACCAAUUCACAAUAUAAACAUAUAAGUCUCGGGUGUCGCGAUGAUAUCCAAUAGCUAACACUCUCAUCUUUCGAACCAUUAAAUUGUCCUUGCCGUGAGCAGAGUAACAAUCUCACACGUACUGUACCGUACACGCCUUGUCAGCAUGAAUAAAAUAUGGCUUACUCCUGUUUACUGCUUUAAUUUGCAGAUGACACAACAGGAAUACAUUCUGUCUACACUGUUUAUCAAGGCCACGAGAUCAUGUUCCACGUUUCGACUAUGUUACCAUACUCUAAAGAAAACAAACAACAG